UUUAACUGAAUAGAGGUUUUGAAUUUUGAUCUUUCACGUGCCUCUCCCUUUCCUCACUGUCCUUUAUUUUCCGAUUCUAUUUGCUCUCUCUGUAUCUAUCUAUCUAUCUAUCUAUCUUGCUUUCCUUCUGUUUUGUUUCGCAGCAAAACGAAAAUAAUAAUCAUCUUCCUGCGGUUUUUAACUUUCUUUUUUUGUUAAGCUUCGUUUGACGGUGCUACUUUUCAAUAUUUAUAUACACCCCCCACUUAUACAUAUAUCACCCUAUAUAUACACCUUGACUCUGCUAAUAAAUAAAACAGAGAGCGAGAGAGGUUUAGGUUUCUUAUAGGGAGAGAGAAAUGGAGGGAAGAAAGCAAACUGGGUCGUCGUCUUCUUCCUUCACUUCUGAGCUUUUCGGAUCGAAGGAGUCAUCUGCUUCUCCUGGGAUUUUUGGGGCCAUAUUUGCGCCUCCCUCCAAGGAUUUGGUGUUAGGGAGGGAAUCUGUGCAUUCAGAAUUCACUGGGAAAAAGCUCUCGGAUGAACCAUUGCACUUCACGCCCGGAGAUCAGCCAGAUGGUGCCUCUAAAGAGAGCGAAGGUGAGAGUAAGAGCAUAUCAAAUAAGGACAUAAUAAACUCCAUCUAUAGGGAUCAGAGAGUGCAACAACCUUGCCAUCUCAGUUCGUCAAUCUAUUAUGGUGGCCAAGAUAUUUAUUCUUACUCCCAGAGUAACCAGAGCCCUGAAUAUAACUCUACGUACAAGAAAGAUGGGACCGAGGAUGAUUCGGGAAGUGCUUGUAGAGGAAACUGGUGGCAAGGUUCCCUCUAUUAUUAAGUGCUCCUUUGCCGAGGCUUAUGCUCGUCAAGAUAUAUAGGAAGGAAAUAGGGUAGCAGCAGGUGGUUGUGGACAGCUGGUUUGUUUUCCUCAAGACC